GCCUCGAUUUUAACGCGGUCCUACGGAAUAAAAAGCUGAGUUGGGUGGUCGCUCUUUCCUGCGUCGAUGAGAAGAGACGACGAUGUCGACACUGAGCGUUCCUCCGUUCCUUACUUCGCCUCGCCAGGAUGCCAUCGAUCUCUACAAAGCCUUCAAAGGAUUUGGGUGUGAUAGUGCUGCUGUUGUAAAUAUACUUGCUCACCGUGAUGCAACCCAGCGUGCUCUUAUACAACAGGAAUACAAAACCAUGUACUCUGAAGAGCUUACCAGUCGGCUGUCUUCGGAGCUUAGUGGAAAUCUUAAGAAAGCAAUGCUUCUGUGGAUUCUUGACCCAGCCGGACGAGAUGCAACUGUUUUGAGGCAAGCUUUUACUGGAGAUGCAGUUGAUUUACAAGCCGCCACUGAAGUAAUAUGUUCUCGGACAUCCUCACAAAUACAGACAAUCAAACAGAUAUACCACAUGAGAUUUGGUGUUCAACUUGAACAUGACAUUCAUUAUCACACCUCUGGUGAUCACCAAAAGUUAUUGCUGGCAUAUGUUGGCACAUUACGCCACGAGGGACCUGAGGUUGAUCAUAAUAUGGUUUCAAAACUUGCAAAGGAUCUGUACAAAGCUGGUGAGAAAAGAUUGGGAACAGAUGAGAAUACCUUUAUCCGCAUUUUCAGUGGAUGCAGCUGGGCACAUUUGGCAGCUGUUGCUUCUUCUUAUGAUCAUACUUAUGGCAAAAAGCUGGAGAAGGCUGUGAAGAGUGAAACAUCUGGAUAUUUUGAACUUGCCCUUGUCACGAUUCUAAGGUGUGCAGAGAAUCCUGGCAAGUAUUUUGCAAAGGUUUUGCGCAAGGCAAUGAAGGGUUUAGGUACCAAUGACGUGACACUUAUAAGGGUUGUAGUUACCAGGUGUGAGAUUGACAUGCAAUACAUAAAGGCUGAGUACCAUAAGAAAUACAAGAAACCACUUCGUGAUGCAAUACAUUCGGAGACAUCAGGCCAUUAUCGGACUUUUCUCCUUGCGCUUGUGGGUUCCAGCCCUUAGUUUGUGAGUUACUAGUUUAUAUAAUAUGUCAUCGUUGCUUGGCAAUCUUUGUAUGUAACUAUUGUGAACUUUCAGUAAGUUGUGUCCAACUUGGCCGAAAAUCAACCCAACCAGCCUGGUUACAACGCUUGAGUUAACCAUGGAGCAGGGUUGGGGCUGUAAACAUGGCUAACUGUUGAUUUGAAGUAUGGGAGACAAGAUUGUUUCAUGUUCAUAAUCAUAUUGUGAUUAGAAGAUUUGCUGUU